CCUACCUACCACUGGUUCAGAUUAUCCAGCAAAAACUGAGCUAAGAUCUUUAUCACAUUCUACCAGAAUCCUGCUCUGCAGUUGGAGCACUAAAUAUAUGGAUCAAUAUGGCUGACAAGCCAAAACUGAAGAACAACAGGGAUGUUGCUUGUUUCUUCCUCACCAAACACUCAUGGAAAGGAAAGUUCCGUCGCAUUUUCUCCAUCGGCACCAUGGGCGUAUCCACGUACAACCCGAGCUCGAUGGAGGCCACCAACCAGUGGCUCUACGAGGACUUUCUGGGCAUCGUGCCGGCGGCGCGCGGCGGCUCCCCGCACGAGUUCACCAUCCUCGUGCGCAAGGGCAAAAAGAGCGAGACGAUGCGCUUCUCGAGCGAGCACCGCGCCGAGCUGAUCACCGAGGCGCUGCGGUACCGGGCCGGCUUCGGCGAGCCCCAGGAGGACCGAGGAGACCUUCCGUUGUAACGGCUUCAAGCACCACUGGUCGGAGCAGCGGGUCCCGGUGGUGCUGGAGGCCGGCCCGUGCUCGCUAGACCAGCGACACCCGGCUACCGGCGCCCUGGUCGCCUCCUACGCCUACAAGGACGUGGAGGCCGUGGUGCCCGUCUCCGACUACCCCGGAGGGUUCAUUGUUAUCUGCGGCCGCUUCGGCAGGAUGCACCUGUUUGCCUCUGAGAAGCGUGACACUGUGCUGCGGCUGAUGGUGGACAAGGCGGCCCGCUGUGUGGGCGUCAACGUCACCUCCAGGAAGGAGGCCGUCUCCCUGGGCUACUUCACCGAACACCGGCUGGGACACUACAGUACGGACGAGCACCUCACCUCCCUGGCCGAGUUCACCGUGCAGAAGCAGUCGGCGCGGCACCCGGACCCGGUACGCCGCACGCUCUGUCUCACGGAGACGUGUCUGCUGGAGCGCGACCCGGCCAGCUACUCCGUCUGCACCCUGCGGCCGCUCAGCCAUGUGUUCGCGCUGGUGCGACAUCAGGAGAGCGCGCAGACCUUCAGCGUGGAGUACAACGACGGCCAGGUCCGCAGCUACCUCUCCACAGACAGGGACUCGCUGCUGGCCUCGCUGCUGGACAGUGUGCGGGCCGCCGGGAACGUGGACGUGCACGUGCGGUCGACGCCGACACCGCGCGGCCACCGGCUCGGACCGCUGUUCACACCGGUCGAGGAGGAGGUCGAGUCGAUGCACCUCAAGUGAGUCCAGGGGCGGCUGAUUUGGGCAAUAAUCGGCUAGUUUUCCCCAGACUGUUGUCAGCAAGUCGAUUGUCUGCAGUUGUGGUUAAGUGAGCAUGACUUUGCCGGGAUUUCAUGAAAAUGAGUAUGUCAUGCUUUAGAGAUUUAGCGACUUUGUUGGGUUUUAUCAGACAAUGUGAAUUACGGUUGGCAACGUCCAUUUAUCAAAGAGGCCAUUAUUCGUAACCGUCAGUAGCAAAAUGAAAGAUAUGAGUUUCAAAGUAUUUGAAGAGAUUUUGCGGUGACGGAGUAGACCAACCGACGAUCAUGUUUGUUUUACCCGUGGAUAGUUUGACAGUUUUGGCUCUGGCUUCGUACACUGAAGCUGUAUAAGAGGUGAAGCGAAAUCCCACCUCCACGUCAAGACGAGCGUACUCCACUCGCGGGUAGUAAUUGGAUGCGGCUUAUGGAGGGAUGCUGGAUAAUGCAUCCAGCCAGUUCAACUUGAUUGUGCUCAGCGCGUUCGAUUACCGGGAACGAUCAGAUCAGUUCGAUACUCGGGGUUUCGAUUUGGUGUGAGUACCGAUAAAGUUACCGUCUGGCGUCUACCGCUUGGAACGAUGAUGUAAAUUAUUCUACUCGAUUCGCUCGACUUUAAAUUCGUUUGAUCGGAACAGGCUAUCGUGUUCGCCGUGGUAUUUGCUGUCAGUAUCGCGGAAUGCCACACGCUGUUAUCUGCAGUGUGCAUAUGAUAAGACACAGGAACGUGUCCGCUAAUCAACUACCGGUGACAGGAAGUUGGAACAAGCCUGUCAGAUACGUACUGAUUCACUACUCUGUGCGUCAGUUGGGUGGCAACUAGCCGUAUGGUAUUUAUCGGCAAUUACGGGUCUGUUGACACAUAACACCACCCACAGUGUAUUGAACCCAGAAGCUGCUAAAUCGCAUUCACCGAGUGGAAGGUCCACUUGAUGAACCACCAUAUAGCAUGGUAAACAUCACUAAAAAGUACGACAGACACGCCCCAACAAACGAAUGGCCUCUGAGUGCUGUGCUGGCGGGUCUUCCAUCACAGCUGAAAUUUUCGCUGGCUAUUAUUUUCGCUAGCCGGUUGACCCGUGCUGCAGCAGCUGUAGCUGGUCGGCUGAACGGCUCCACCGUUAGGACGUCCGUCAGAGCGCCAGCAUGCUGCGCCGGGAGCUGAUUAUGAUGGAGCCCUACCGGCAGCUCCGCUACCACGGACACCGCAGCAGAGUCGCCUCAGCGUCAGCGGUGGUGGACUCGGGCCCUCCGACUCGGCCCCGUCACGUGGUGGAGCCCGGCCGGCGGCAGGCGGCGCGGCGCCAGCUGCAGUGGCGACACCUGGACGCCGACAUCCGACUGAUGCGCGCCCUCGCCGAGAUCAUGGACUCGAAACGACUCGACAACGACAACACCGACUUCGAGAAGUACCGGCGCCUAUUACAGGGGAGCCGCACACGCAGCGUGGACCGAAGCACGCCUCUACCGCCGCCACCAGAUCCGUACCUCGCCACGGACGACACAGGAAAACCGCUCCGUCUGUGUCAGACGCUGGCGGCGCGGCCGCGGUCUCUCAGCUCACCGGCUCCCUCCCCGCUGGACCAGUGGCCGGAUACGUGGCUGCUGGAGUACCGUCACCAGAAACAGCAGCUUCUCCAGCAGCGGCAGCAGCAGGAGCAGCAGCGACGACAGCAGGCCAAACGGCGCAGACCGCGGCGGAGACACCGCAGCGCACAGCCCGGCACGGCUGGGAGGGCGGCUCGCAGCUCCGAACGACGACAUUCGCGGCCUCGGGCGGCAACCUCAGCACCGUUAGCGAAAAACAAACCCAGUUCGGAUGGAGACGAAACGGACGGCGAUGCCGAAGAGUCAGAUGGAGACGCCGACGCCGAAUCGGCCGCCUCUGACGCAGACAAUCGGUACUUGGGAUUGCGUGGAGGCGAGGUCGGGUUAGGUGGGAUUUUUGGUCGUCUGCCCGACCCCGACGCGCGGGACCGUCUCCGCAGACACGGCAUGGUGCUGAUGAAGGGAAUGAUCGGAUGUCGCUGUGCCGCCAGACAGGCCACUUGAUUCUGUGAUCCAGCCAGUAGUACAUUUUGUAGGCUUAAAUCAGGGUAUCUUGCACUGCACGCGUCUGCCGUGCACAUUUCUUGCUCAUUACAGUCUCACGUUCUGCAGCACUUUUUCACAUAACUGAUUAUUAUUCACCAUAACACCAGUCCUGUAGCACUUUGUUGUCGCAUCUGUCAAAGCCUGAUCUGCACGAGCUCCUCAUCUCAGUAUUGUAUUGACCUAUACGAGGCUGGCUCGUGGGAACCGAACCCUACCCUUCCUCAGUGAGUACACGUGAUUCUGACACCGGACGACACCCAAUCAUACCCACCAACACCCGUCCAUCACGGCGGAACAUCAGUCACCUUUAACGCACUCGACACACACACACGCGCGCGCGCGCGGAAUAAACAGGGUGGUGCUCGCGGAAAAUUAUUGAAUAAUACACAAUUGUCUCAAUC